ACAAUUUAAUCAUUCUUUGCAAAAAUGAAAACAGAAAGCAUCCAAGAGUUUCAAAAUCGAAGAAGCCGCCUGGAUUUUGAGCAAAUAAUCAAAAAUGAACAUUCAUUAGUUAACGAACACCAAUUGACAAAAAAGGCGGAAAAAUGGGACCGUGAAUCAAUUGUUGGGAAUAUUGGCUUCGAUAUAUUUUCCACUUACUACGUCGACGGGUUUAAGAUUGAAAAGAAGUUUGUGAUAGUCAACAAUUCUGGACCAGAAGUUGAUUCUUACAAUUUUUGGAGCUUUAUAUGGGAAAAGUGUUGCAAAGUGAUCGUUAGAUUCGACGGAACACUAAAGAAUCGCAAUUGGCUGAACAAUUCUCAAGAUGAUGCAUAUGCUGUUGGUGAAUUCCUUAUUAGGAAGAAAACGGCAAAUAAUUCUUGCAAGUAUUACACACAAUUGCAAAUUACGAUAAGGAACAUAAUGGAAAGAAAAUCAAGAAAAAUAACGCACUUGCAGUUUCACUUGCACUAUCUGGAUAAACUUCCUUCAAACGGAUCUGCGCAGCUGAUAUCCUUCUUGGAGAUGGUGAACAAAAAUCGUGGAGCGAAAAGCAAGAAGAGUGCUUCUGGCCCUACUGUGAUCCACAGUGUAGGUUGUUUUGAAAGGGCAGUGUCUAUCUGUGUGCUGGACAUUUGUUUGGACCAGUUGAUAGAGACUGAGGAAGUUUCAGUGAUAGACAAUGUUUUAAGUGUCAAAAGUCAAGUGUCCUUUGAGUUUUUCAGCUUGGAAGAGUUUAAGUUUAUUAAUAAGGUCUUACUGGGUAGCUUAAAAGUGUUGCGUUUGAAAAAAGCUAGAUCUUUGGACGGUGAAGUGGAAGGUAAGGCUUUUAUUGACCAAGUUAGGAAAUUUAGUUUGGUUUUUAGGAAAAUGUCUCUUUCUUGCUUAAAUAGCUUUGUUAAAGAUAUAAUUGGAUGUCGCUUUAAUGUUAGAGUUUAUGAAUGUUAUUUGAAGACAAUUAGAAUGGAAUUGUCAAGAAAAGUUUGCACUGAAAGAAAAGUGGAUAGUUAG